AUGGAGGAACCCGGAGCCCCCAGGCCGGUGCCCGGGGACCCCCCCGAAGCCCACGCCGAGGAAGAGCCCGCUCUGGGCGAUGCCCCGGCCGCCCCCGCCGGCCCUAUGGGGGCCAAUUCCCCGGCGGCCUCCGAGCCCUCCGACGGGACCGUCCCACUCCGGGCCCGGAGCCCCAGGACCUCGGGGAUCGUGGGGCGGGGCGGCCCCGAGACCCCCGCCCGGCCGGCCGGGGACGGCUCUCGGACCUGGGGGGGUCCGGUCCUGCCGCGGGACUGGAGGGUCGGGGGGCUCAGCCCGUCCCAACCGGAGCCGUGGGGCUGCCGGGCAUCCGAGCUGGAGCCCGGAGCCCCGGCCCUGGCCGCCCACAGCGCCAAGGCCUACCUGCUGAAGAGCACCACCCCGUCCGGCCUGAACCUGUAUGAUCAUCUCUGUAAAAUGCUGACAAAGAUUUUGGAUGAACGUCCAGAAAACGCUGUUGACAUCAUUGAAAACAUCAGCCGAGAUGUAAAGAGGGCUCAUUUCCACAAGAAAAUGGACACUCUCCAAAAUGAGAACGAGGUGCUUUCAGCCUAUGAAAUAGCAGAGAAACAAAAGUCCCUUUUCUUCCAGGCCAAUCUGGAAGGCGAUCAAGAGCUGGAAGAUGAAAUUGCAGAAAGUCCUCUCCCAAACAUAAUGGAAGCAGCCUUCUACUUUGAACAAGCCGGAGUUGGUCUGAGUACCGAUGAGACUUACCGCAUAUUUCUAGCCCUCAAACAACUCACCGACACCCGACCAAUCCAGACCUGUCGAUUCUGGGGCAAGAUCUUGGGCCUGGAGAGGAAUUACAUUGUGGCUGAAGUGGAAUUCCGGGAAGGGGAAGAGGAAGAGGAAACAGGAGAGGAGGGUGUGAUGGUCCGGGCAGAAGGAGAGGCCAGAGAAGAGUUAGAGGAAAAUCCGGAAGAGCAAGAUGACCAUUUGCCAAAGCCCACCUACAAGGCCCCCCAGCCGAUUCCCAAAGAAGAAAACAGAACUGGUGCCAACAGAUAUACCUAUUUUGUUUGCAGUGAGCCAGGAACACCCUGGAUAAAGUUACCGCCCGUGACGCCGGCCCAGAUCGUGGUGGCGAGAAAAAUCAAGAAAUAUUUCACUGGACGAUUGGAUGCUCCCAUCAGGAGCUACCCUCCUUUUCCAGGGAACGAGAAGCAUUACCUCAGGGCACAGAUUGCCCGCAUUUCAGCGGGAACCCACGUUAGCCCCCUGGGCUUCUAUCAGUUUGUGGAAGAAGAAGGAGAAGAGGAAGAAGAGGAGGGAGGUAGACAAGAUUCCUAUGAGGCAAAUCCUGAUUUCGAAGGCCUUCCAGCGGUUGAACUGGUGGACUCCCUCUCCAACUGGGUGCAUCACGUACAGCACAUUCUCCCCCAGGGACGCUGUGUUUGGUUUCACCCCACCCAGAAGAUGGAAGAAGAGGAGGAGGAAGAAGAGGAAGAGGAAGAAAGUGAAAAGGAGGAAAAAAGGGAAGAGCCAGAAGAUCUAGAGCAAGAAGUGGGGCCUCCACUACUGACUCCAAUCUCUGAGGAUUCAGAGAUCGAAAACGUCCCUCCGUGGACAGCCCGCUUAGCCGCCAGCGUGAUCCCUCAGUACGCCUUGGCCGUGCUGCGGUCCAACCUGUGGCCCGGAGCCUACGUUUUUUCCAUUGGCAAGAAAUUUGAGAAUCUCUAUCUGGGCUGGGGCCACAAGUACUGCCCGGGGAACUACGCACCCCCACUUCCGCCCCCGGCUCUGCAGGAGUAUCCGAGUGGGCCCGAGAUCACUGAGAGCAGCGAUCCCACUACAGAAGAAGAGCAAGCUAUCAGAGACGCCCGAGAAGCAGCCUUGACUGCAGCAGAGGAAAGGGAAGAGGUGGAGGAAGAAGACGAGGAUGAAGAAGAUGAUGAUUACGAAUAGUGGAAGAGUACAAGACUGCUUGGGGCUUAGAAAGUAACUGGAAGUGCUCCUAAACAAUUAAUCAAUCAAUGGUAUUUAUGGAGCACUUACUGUGUGCAGAGCACCAUGCUAAGCACUUGGGA